GCAAAGAGAGAGAAAGAGAGAGAGAGAGAGAGAGCAGUCGUAGAUCUCAAACCUUUUUCGUUGCAGAGAUCUUUUUCGGGCUAUUGAUGUAGAAAUUAGAAAGAAAAGAGAGCAAAAAAGAACUAGAAAAGGGAAAGAUAAACGAGAAGCUGGGGUUUUUUUAAAUCAUAAAUCCCUAGUUUGUCACUUUGCUUCUUUCCGGAUUUGAUACCAUGCUUACAUCGUUAAGCUUUGAUCCUUCCCUUUUGUCUUCUGUCGCAACCUCAGAUCGAUCAAAACAAAACCCUUUUUUCCUUUUCUUUUUGUUCAUCUCAUCGAAAAAGAUAAAUAAAGGUGGAGUUCUAUAAAACAGCAGCGAGAAACGAAAAAAAAAAAAAGGAAAAAGGAGAGUAUUUGUUUCUUUGUUGGUUCUUCUAAGCUUUAAAGUCUUUAUUUUUCUCUUGGGGUGACACUGAAAAAAUGGGUUGGAGAAGAGCCUUUUGCAAUACAAUCCCUAGAGAACCUGAAGCCACUGCUUUAGACAAGCAACAAGAACAACAGAGUCCAAGUCCCAGCCCCAGAAGUUGUGCAAAGUUAAGCUUUUUUUCUAGUGGAAGUAACCCUUCUACUCCUCGUUUUCAAUCUCAACCAGUUUCUAGCCCCAGACUCCGUUGCCGCACUGCUGUUGAACCAUCUUCCACAAAUGAAAGCCUACCUCUCCAAUGCAAAACCACACCUAAAGCAGCCACUAAAAGUCCUAAACCAAUUCUUUCAUCAAAUCCUUCCUCUCCUCGUUCCCCUCUCAAGCUCUCACUUUUCCGCAACAGUUUCAAGUUCAGAAGUAGUUGUGGAAUCUGUUUGAACAGCGUGAAGACGGGUCAAGGAACAGCCAUUUACACAGCUGAAUGUGCACAUGCCUUUCAUUUUCCAUGCAUAGCUGCUCAUGUUCGUAAACAUGAUUCCCUCGUUUGCCCUGUUUGUAAUACCAGCUGGAAAGAUGUCCCUCUCCUCUCCAUUCACAAGAACCCAGCCCCUCCUCAAAAUGACACUGUUCUAAUUGAAAACACCACCCCCAGAAUCGAAGAGAAAAAAAGCAUUGAAUCUUAUUCAUCGAGAAUUGUCAACCAACAAGAACCAAAACCCAAACCCAAACCGUCUGAUUUAAGAUCCUACGAUGACGAUGAGCCAUUGCUUUCUCCAACCGCCGGUGGUCGUUUUAUUCCCAUUCCAGAAGCUGAUGAAAACAUUGAACAAGAAGAAGACGACGACGUUGGGGAGUUCCAAGGGUUCUUCGUUAAUCCCAACCCUUCAUCCGCGGUCAAAUCUGAUGAAGUACUCCCAUUUAACGGCCGUGAUUUGAGGAAUGUCCAGGUCAGACUAUCUCCUGAAACGGCGGUCGUUUCAGUGGGCCGUGGAUACGAAACUUACGCCGUGGCUUUAAAAAUCAAGGCCCCACCUCCUUCUGCAAAAAUACAAUCUUCUUCGAGGAAUUGUAACAAUAAGGUGUCGCAUUUGGACCCUUCGCAUCGUGCUCCUAUCGAUCUGGUUACGGUUCUUGAUGUGAGCGGAAGCAUGACAGGUGCUAAACUCCAGAUGUUGAAACGCGCCAUGCGUUUAGUUAUUUCCUCGCUCGGCUCGGCUGAUAGGCUUUCCAUCGUGGCCUUCUCGGCUAGUCCAAAACGGUUAUUACCUUUGCGGAGAAUGACGGUUCAGGGUCAAGGAGCUGCUCGGCGCAUUAUUAACAGGCUCGUUUGCGGUCAAGGAACUAGUGUUGGUGAUGCGUUGAAGAAAGCCACGAAAGUGCUUGAGGAUCGCAGGGAGAGAAAUCCAGUUGCUAGCAUUAUGUUGUUAUCCGACGGUCAGGAUGAAAGAGUCCAAUCAAAUGAUGCAAGUAAACGGCAUCCUUCAAGCCACGUGUCGUCCACUCGAUUCGCUCACAUUGAAAUUCCGGUUCACGCGUUCGGAUUCGGGCAAAGAGGCGGAUGUAGCCAUGAGCCGGCUGAGGAUGCCUUUGCGAAAUGCGUUAGUGGGUUAUUGAGCGUUGUGGUCCAAGAUUUGAGAAUCCAGCUCAGCUUCGCAUCUGGCUCAGCUCCAGCUGAAAUCACAGCCGUUUAUACGUGUAACGGAAAGCCUACUGUUUUAACUUCUGGCUCGGUGCGGCUUGGCGAUUUGUACGCCGAGGAAGAAAGAGAAUUACUUGUGGAACUGAAAGUUCCGACAUCGGAGAUAGAUUCCCAACACGUGAUGUGUGUUCGCUGUCUUUACAAGGACCCCGCUUCGCAAGAAGUUGUAUACGGCCGAGAUCAAGCGUUUCUCGUACCUCGUCCCCACUCCGUUCGAUCAUCGGCUCCCCAAAUCGAACGGUUGAGAUUCUUUUUUAUAACGACUCGAGCCAUCGCCGAAGCGAGGAGGUUGAUUGAGUGCGGUAACGACUUGUCAAGCGCUCACCAUUUGUUGGCCUCGGCUCGAGCCUUGUUGAUGCACUCGAAUUCACUGUCGGCUGAGGAUUAUGUCAGAGGGUUAGAAGCUGAGCUUGCGGAACUGCAUUGGAGGAAACAGCAGAUGUUGGAAAUCCAACGGCGGAAGGUGAACGAAAGGGAGAGAGAAAGGGAAGCAAUGAUGGUGGUGAUGGAUGAGAAUGGGGAGCCACUUACGCCGUCAUCUGCUUGGAGAGCGGCUGAGAAGUUGGCGAAAGUAGCCAUCAUGAAGAAGUCGUUGAAUAGAGUCAGCGAUUUACACGGCUUCGAAAAUGCUAGAUUUUAGUUUUUUUUUUUUUUUUUUAAUUUUCCUUUUGAAAAAUGGAAAAUGAGGGACAAGCUGAUUGCAGACGGCGCGGGACUUUCUGCUGUGGACCAUAAAAGCCAAAACUCAAGAAUUUGAUUGGUUGGGUUGCCAUUAAAAAAAUCUUUCGGAUUUUUGUCCUUUUUUUUUCCUUUAAAUGAAAAUCCCCAUUUUCUUCUGUCUAGGAAAAAAAAAUGCAAAAGUUUGUAUUUGUAAUGGUAGAGAUUUUCAUGAUUCAUCAUCAUUAUCUUACAAAGUUGUAAAUGCUAGUGUUAUGGGUUUUCUUUCUUCUUUUACCUUUUUUUUUAUAUAAUUUUCUUAUU